AUGGUUGGAAUAAUGGUGAGUGCUUCUACUGGGGUGAUGAACUCUCUCCUGGGUAAGCUAGCCACCCUGAUGGGGGACGAGUUCGCCAAGCUAAAGAACUUGAGGAAGGAGGUUAAGUACAUCAGCAAUGAGCUCAGCAGCAUGAAGGAUGCUCUAGAGCGCCUUGCAGAUGUGGAUGAGCUCGAUAUACAGACUGCACGGUGGAGGGAUGCGGUUAGGGAGAUGUCUUACGACAUCGAAGAUAUUAUUGAUGACUUCAUGUGCAAAAUUGGGGAGAAAAGCAAAAAAUCUGGGUUUGUCCACGACACCAUUCAACGCCUCAGAACUUCAAGGGCCCGCCAUCAGAUUGCUGGCCAGAUUGAGGACAUCAAGAAACUCGUGCAUGAAACAAGUGCACGUCGUGAGAGGUAUAAGGUCGAUGUCCCCACAUCGCACAAUGUGGCUGUUGACCAACGGGUUGUCGCACUCUAUGAGGAUGCAGCUAAACUUGUUGGUCUGGAGGGUCCAACCAACGAGCUUGUCAGUUGGCUAAAAGAUGAGGAGAAACAGUUGAAGGUUGUAUCAAUUGUUGGUUUCGGAGGUUUAGGUAAAACGACACUUGCCAAAGAGGUAUACCGUAAGCUGAAUGGGGAAUUUCAUUGCAGUGCAUUUGUGUCAGUGUCUCAAAAGCCAAAUAUUCCAAAACUUCUGCAUAGUUUAUUAACCCAACUUGGGUGUGGACAAUCUUUUCAUGAUUGUGAUUUAAAUGUUCUUCUCGACCAACUCAGAGAAAAUCUGAAAAACAAGAGGUACUACAUAAUCAUCGAUGAUCUAUGGGGUGUAUCAGCAUGGAAUAUUAUUAAAUGUACAUUCCCAGAAAGUAAUCUUGGUAGUAGAUUAAUAGUAACUACAAGGAUCAAGACUGUGGCCGAGGCAUGUUGUUUCGGUCACCACGAGCACAUUCUUGAAAUGAGACCUCUUAGUGAAGAAGACUCAAGGAAAUUAUUUUUUGGUAGGAUAUUUGGCUCUGAAGAAGCUUGUUCAGGUGAACUCAGAGAUGUUUCAGUUGAGAUUCUCAAGAAAUGUGGUGGUUUGCCACUUGCAAUCAUUAGCAUAUCCAGCCUAUUAGCAAGUGAAAUUUCAGAUCUGAAGGAGAGGUGGAAAUAUGUACAGAAUUCUUUGUGGUCAGUGUCCGACACAAAUCUCACCUUGGAAGCAAUGAGACAGAUUUUGAGCCUUAGCUACAAAAAUCUUCCUCACCACCUCAAGACAUGUUUCUUGUAUCUUGGCAUGUUUCCAGAGGACUAUGAAAUACGUAUGACUCAUUUGGUACGUCUGUGGAUAUCAGAAGGUUUCGUUAGUACAGCACGUGGACAAAGCCCAGAACAGACGGCGACAAGUUAUUUCAAUGAGCUUGUCAACAGGAGCCUUAUUCAACCUGUAGUGAUGGGCAGGGAUGGGUCUGUGAUAUCUUGCAAAGUACAUGAUAUGUUGUUGGAUCUUAUCUUGUACAAGUCUGCAGAGGAGAAUUUUAUCACUGUAGUAGACAACCCAGAGGCCACUAGAGGACUUCUUCAAAAGCCACGCCGGAUGCUCAUCAACUUGAAUGGUGCAAGACUGCCAGGGGAUGUUAGUAUGUCACAACUGCGAUCGUUUGCAAUGUGGAGAGGCUCUAUAAAUAUACCUUCUCUGGCAGAGUUCAAGUAUCUUCGAGUUUUUGUUGCUGACUUCAGUUCAAGUUCUGCUGAUGACAACCGAAAAAUCGACCUGACAGGAUUGUCUAAGUUAUAUCAGCUGCGACAUAUAUGGAUUCGUGGCUGUAAUAACUGCCAGCUACCAACCCAAAUUAGAGGGCUACAGAUGUUGGAAACAUUUGAUAUAAGUGGGUCCUGUAUCCCAAUGGAUAUUUUUCACCUGCCGCGCUUGUUGGCUCUGAUUGUUCCAGGUGUUGAAAGGCUGCCUGCGGGCAUUGGUAAAAUGAAAUCCCUACAACAUCUGAUUCGUUUUGACCUGCGGUACAACACCUCACUCGGCAGUAUCAAGGGCCUAGGAGAGCUCACCAACCUGAGGACUCUAUCUCUCAUAACCGGGUUUUCUGAAGACAUGUACAUGGAUGUUCUAAACGCUUCUUUGGCAAAACUUUCUAACCUCGUGACACUCCACAUGUCAUAUAGUACCCGGGUCCCUAACUGGAUUGGGGAACUCCAUAACCUUCAGAACUUGUAUCUCACUGUUGAGAAGCUGGACAAGGAUGGUGUUGGUAUUCUUGUGGAGUUACCAGCCCUCAUCGGCCAGGAUUUAAGAGUUGGUAGAGCCUUGGAAGAAACAAUUGCCAUCGAUGGGGCAGCAUUCCCAGUCCUACAGCGGUUUGAUUUCAUGGGGAUGCCUGGAAGAAACCUGACCUUCCAAGCUGGGGCAAUGCCUAAGCUCCAGAUCCUCUAUCUGCGGUUGAUGGCCAAGGGGUGGAAUCAGGACAAGAACGCCGCACCUACAGGUAUCGAGCACUUGUUAGCACUUGAAAGAAUCUAUGUAGAAAUCUCGACGGGUACUCGCACUGAACGGAGAAGCGCAGAGUCAGCCAUUAGGAGCGCUACCAACAUGCAUCCCAGCCAUGCUCACAAUACAAGCUUUAUCGAAUGUGUUAAUGUAUACAGCCACGACGAGGAGCUGGUAUGCUCAAAUUUCCACCUCCAAUCUCCAGACUCCAGUCUGUCUCUAAUCUGUUUCCUGUUAACUACUGGGUGUACCUUCUUUUUUGGGUUCUAG